AUGAGCUCAACCAGCGUGCUCAUCUUGUCGCUUGUCGCUUCAACAUUGGGAACCGAUUUCCAAAUAGAUCCAAAUGGAUAUGUCGUCUUUUGCCCGUGUAUGGGACGAUUUGGGAAUCAGGUCGACCAACUACUUGGAGUCAUGCAGUUUACCAAAUAUCUCGACAGGACAUUAGUUCUUCCAAACUUCAUCGAGUACCCCUACCCGGAUACGGUCAUGGUACCGUUUGAAAGCAUCUUUCAAGUGACUGAGAUCAGGAAGUACCUGAAAAGCAAUCAGAAUGGUAGCGUUCCAACGUGA